AUGGAGAAACUCAAGGGCACCAAAACCACUUCUUUGGUGCCCAAAAAGUUUCGAAGUAGCCGACCCCUGGGUGACAUGUCAUGGUUUUCCGUGUUCAGGCCCGAAUCUGUCAAGCAGGCACUACGAGAAAAAGAAGAGGUGGAAAAGGAGGCCGCAAAGAUAGCCGAAGUCACCAAGCAGCUGGAAGAGCGCAACUACACCGAGAUCUCAGAAGAAGUGGUCCGGUUCUCACUGAAUUCCAAAUUCGCCAAUGGGGAUGUUGACAAAGCGAUCGAGCUCAUACGACUCCAACAAAAGGCCUUUGCUGGGAUCAUACAACCAUACAAUCCCAAGAUCAGCAUGCAAGGCGCGGAAAACCGGGGAAAUGUCACCUGCUACCUCGACGCCUUGUUAUUUGCCAUGUUCGCGAAGCUUUCAGCCUUCGAAUGCAUGCUGAAGAACGAUCCGGCAGAUGAAAACCAGCGAAGGCUUGCAGGACUCCUAAGGUUAUGGGUCAACAUGCUCAGGAGUGGGAUGUUGAUACAUACAGACAUGACCCAGCUUAUCCAAGAAUCUUUGGCGGCCUGUGGAUGGGAGGAGGCCCAGGAACUUGAACAACAAGACACAUCGGAGGCAUUCGCCUUCAUCACAGAAACCUUGCAACUACCGCUCCUCGCACUCCAGGUCGACCUCUUUCAUCAAGGCAAGAAGGACGAAGACGACCACAAGGUUGUCCACGAGCGAUUACUCAACCUCGCUGUUCCCCCAGAUCCUGACGGAAAGGGUAUCAAGCUGGAGGAUUGUCUCGAAGAGUAUUUCAACAACAAGGUUGACGUUUUCCGGGACAGUGUAGAGGAAAAGAAGGGGGAUGACGAAAAGGGGCCCCUCCCACGCGAAACUGUCCGGUUGAUAAGCGAGGACGAGGAUGGUCAAGGGAGCGACCAAGGCGACAACAGCCCACAUCUGCAACGAAGAUGGACAUCACAGGAUUCGACGACACGCACUCCAUUCUCGAUGCUCGAUAUCACUUCGGCGAGACCCGAGCUACCAGCAGCACCCCGACACCGCUCUACUAGUAUUAUACAGCGUAUCGUGGUAGAGGACAGGAAGCCCCCGUUGGAUGCAGAGAAUGAAACUCUGUUCCAGAAGGCCAAAAGAACGAGCUCAACCGUGGUCAAGGCCGUGACGAUACCUGCCUGGCAGUUCUUCAGGUUAAUCCCAUGGCAUGCGACGGCUUCUACCGAAACCGGGUUCCCGAUUCGACAGAAUACUCUCAUCGACAUCCCUGACUCCAUGCGCCUGCCACACUUCAUGAUGCCAGAUGAUGAUGAGAAGCAAUCCAAUGGGUUAAGCCAGGAGUACAAGCUCGUGCUUCAGUCCGUCGUCUGCCACCGUGGUGACUCUCUUCACAGUGGUCACUAUGUUUCAUUUGCCCGCGUGGCACCGAAACUUCUCACUGACAAUCGCCGAUAUGAACAUGACCCGCCGCCGGAUUACGAGGAGGCACAGUGGGUCAAGUUCGACGAUUUGGAUCUGGACAACCGAGUGUCCUACGUCGACGACAUUAGAGACUCUCUGAGACAAGAGAUGCCAUAUUUGCUCUUCUAUCAGAUCGUCCCGAUGGUGGACGUCGCUACAGCCUCUAGUGAUGGGUCUGUUAAUGAGCCACCAUCCUACAACGAGUCGACCACUGUGAUUGCCGCUGUACCCGGGACGCCCAGCAUGGAACCCCUUCCGGAACGGCCGGGCGGGAUGUCAAGGUCGAUUAGUGGCUACUUUGACUCCGCGUCAACCCUCGUGCACAACGGUGGCGGUCCCAACAUCCGCUUUAGUACAGAGCUUGAACGGCCCGCACGUCUCAGUCUUGACGAUGACCCGUAUGGAACAGGAAGCGCCGGGCAUUUGAGGGCAGACAGAUCCAGACGCGGCAGCCUUGCGGUCUCUGAUACCACGGCAACAACAGCCAUUACACCUAGUGAUGUAGGCGCGCCAUCAAUGCCACCUCCUACACCAGAAGGGGAGAGUACCGCAACGAGACUCGGUCGGGCAGCGGCGAAGUUCAAGAACAAAUCACGACCCACCAGUCAAGCCGGCGAGACGCGCAUUAGCCUUACCAUGUCGCGAUUUGGCCUGUCGCGGCCCAGUAGGGACACUCUCAACAAGGAUAGCGCCAACGGUGCUGGUAACUCAUCGGAAGGGGGCAGUGAUGAGCAGCAACCGGAGGCCAAGGAGGUUGAGGAUGCGAGUGAUAAGGAUCAGAAGGAGAAGAAUAAGGAUAAGGAGAAAGAGAAGGAAGGCCAUCAUCAUCUGGGCCACCACUACCGCAAGUCUAAGAAGGACAAGGGUAGGGAUAAGGAGGACACGAAGGAGAAGGGCAAGGAUAAGGAAGGCAAGAAAGAGAAGGGAGACAAGUCGGGCAAGACUAAGGAGACAGGCAAGGAUGGCGUCCCUGAUCGGGAGUGCGCUGUCAUGUGA